AUGAGAGGCAAAGCAAGGGGUGAAGCUGCUAUGAAGUCUGCUAGACAAGCACCCAAGAACCCACGGAAGAACAAUAAUAAGAAGGCAAAUAAUGCAGAAUCUGUUGCAGAAGCUGUCUCGUCAUCUGUGGCUGCAAGGGAAAUUGAGAAAGCUCCUGAGGCAGCAAAACCCAAAGACAGAGCAGGCUCUAGGAAAGCUCCUGCCAUGGAGACUGAAGUGCCCAAAGUACCAGCCAAGAAGAAAGAACCUAGCAAAAGGGCUGCUGCUGCACAGAAGAAGAAGCCCUUGGCAACUGUUUCGGAGAUAUCUGAUGAUGAUGAUGAUGAUUAA